AUGAUGGACCUUUCUGGGCCCAGUGCACGUUUCCUCAAUGAGCUGCAGUACCUUCACGAAGGUGGGCCGCUGCAAUAUUUCGAAGUGCCACGUUUGUCCCCGUUCUACCAGGGUACCAACAGUCCGUCAUCGAGCAGAGGGGAUGGGGCGCCGUUCGAAAAGCCGUGUGACAGCAGCGGGGAAGAACGGCUCCUGCCCCCCACGGCUCUCCAGCGCCGCUGUGCCAGACACCGUCUCACGUGCGCUCGCAGGACGUGUGAGAGACAGUUGGCCCUGGUGGACAGGCUCAAGGCGGCCACUCUGCGACGAAGGCUCACAAAGAUCAAUGACGCUUUUGAGGUUCUGAAGAAGAAGACAGUGGAGAACCCAAGCUGGCGACUGCCCAAGGUGGAGAUCCUGCGCAGCACCAUCAGCUACAUAGAGACACUGCAGGACCUGCUGGACACCCUGGAAGAGCGGGAGGGGAGAAAGCGCAGGAAGUGGACUCAGGCCCAGGGACAGCAGACAUCCUCGAACGACAGAAGCGUUAAAGAGUGA